UUCUCUCUCUCUGGUUGUUCGCUCACGACGCAUCAUAGCGCUGCACCAACAAGCUAUUAAAUAUAUUUUAUUAUUCCACAGAAUUAUUAUUUUUUUUGCGGGGACAAAUGAAGACAUUUUUCAAUUUGGAUUUUUUUUCACUACAAAAGAUAUUAAGGUGGGGUUUGGACAAUGGAAGAGCGAACCCAGAGUAGAGGCUAAGGAUUUUUGAGUGCGUGUCGGUUUUGGGACUUGAGGACAACAGGCAUGACUUUGCAGCAUCCGCAGCACUGAACAGAGGCUAAUAAUCCAUCAUUUCGCUCUUUCUUCUCCGCCGAGGUCCUUUUUGUUUUUUGGAUUAAAUCUUUCGAGUAGAGAAAAUGGCUCACCUGAUCCGCCACAAGCUGACCAACAAGCUGACCAACGCGGCCCACACGGUCUCCAACAAGUCCCAGGCCAAGGUCAGCGGGGUGUUCGCCCGCCUCGGUUUCCAGGCCGCCACGGACGAAGAGGGUUUGGGAUUUGCCGAAUGCGACGACCUGGACUACGACUACAGGCAAGGCAUGCAAAUGGACGUCAUCCAGGGGGACGAAGAGGGCGGAGAGUGCGGCCUGGAGGACGGGGACACUCAUUACCAGAGGGACGGUACCGGCCACAGGCCCCAGACCCUUAAAACUGAGGGAUCACUGGUUGAGGACAAACCCAAAAUCACGUCUUGGGAGGCUGGGUGGAACGUCACCAACGCCAUUCAGGGCAUGUUCGUCCUCGGCUUGCCCUACGCCAUCCUGCACGGCGGCUACCUGGGCCUCUUCCUCAUCAUCUUCGCCGCCGUGGUGUGCUGCUACACGGGCAAGAUCCUCAUCGCGUGUCUGUACGAGGAGAACGAAGACGGCAUCAAGGUGCGCGUGCGCGACUCCUACGUUGACGUGGCCAACGCGUGCUGCGCGCCCCGUUUCCCAGCGCUGGGGGGCCACGUGGUCAACGUGGCUCAGAUCAUCGAGCUGGUGAUGACGUGCAUCCUGUACGUGGUGGUGAGUGGCAACUUGAUGUACAACAGCUUCCCGGGGCUGCCCGUCUCGCAGAAGGCGUGGUCGGUGGUGGCCACCGCUGCCUUGCUCCCUUGCGCCUUCCUCAAGAACCUGAAGGCCGUGUCCAAGUUCAGCCUGCUGUGCACGCUGGCCCACUUUGUCAUCAACGUCCUGGUGAUCGCCUACUGCCUGUCGCGGGCUCGGGAGUGGGCGUGGGAGAAGGUGAAGUUCUACAUCGAUGUCAAGAAGUUCCCCAUCUCCAUCGGCAUCAUCGUGUUCAGCUACACCUCGCAGAUCUUCCUCCCCUCCCUGGAGGGCAACAUGCAGAAGCCCAGCGAGUUCCACUGCAUGAUGGACUGGACCCACAUCGCCGCCUGCGUCCUCAAGGGCCUCUUCGCCCUGGUGGCUUACCUGACGUGGGCCGACGCCACCAAGGAGGUCAUCACGGAUAACCUGCCCAGCGCCAUCCGCGCGGUGGUCAACCUCUUCCUUGUGUCCAAGGCGCUGCUCUCCUACCCGCUGCCUUUCUUCGCCGCUGUGGAGGUCCUGGAGAAGUCGCUGUUCCAAGACGGCGGACGGGCCUUGUUCCCGGACUGCUACGGGCCGAGCGGCCAGUUAAAAUCCUGGGGUCUGGGCCUCAGAGUGGGCCUGGUGGUCUUCACUUUGCUCAUGGCCGUCUUCGUCCCCCAUUUCGCCCUCCUCAUGGGUCUGACCGGCAGCCUGACGGGCGCCGGCCUCUGCUUCCUGCUGCCCAGCCUCUUCCAUCUGAAGCUCCAGUGGAGGAACCUCCUGUGGCACCACGUCUUCUUCGAUGUCGCCAUUUUCGUCAUCGGGGGCAUUUGCGCCAUAUCGGGCUUCAUCCACUCCAUCGAAGGGCUCAUAGAGGCAUUCAAGUACAAUAUCCAUGACUGAGAGCUUUGAGGCGCCCACCUUUUAUGCCCCGCCCCCUUUCCCUACCCGCCUCCUCGUCUGGCUCUGCUCCCCGCUUUGUGGGUCAUGAUGACAAAGGAGCCCACGAGGAGGAUCCCGUGUGUGAAUUUUUUUUUAAUUUUGCCUUUGUGAAAACGUGCAAUAACAAACUGUACAAUCAUGGUGUAAAAUAGGCUCUUAUGUUAAAAUGGACGGAAGGACACAACAGGGGUGUCCAAAGUUGUGAAGCAGUGAAGCAUGGCCUAAAUUAAGUGAGUGUGUGUGUGUGUGCGUGCGUGUGUGAGUGUAGUAAUAUUUGGGCUGGGUUUUGAGUUUAUUGACAAAUACAGCGAAGCCUCAGUUUAAGAGAACGUAAACCGAUUUUGUCUGCAAUGCGGAACGGGGCAUAAUUUGAUAUUGCCACUGUGGAAUAUGAAUUGUGCAGUAAAACACACCCGUUUUUAUCUCUUUCGGAGGCCAGCCAUUUUGCCACUUGCUGUCGACUGAAAAUGACAUCACGGGGCCGAAGGGCUUGUCGGCUCAAUCAUGACUCACUUGUUUUCUGAAUUUGGUCAUGUGACAUUCGCAAGCCGAGCCGUUAUCGAUCAUGACCCAAGUCCUCAGGGACUGUGAUGUCAUUUUCAUGUUGACAGCCAGUGGCAAAAUGGCCGCCCUCUGAAAUGACUAAAAACAGGUGGAUUUGUUGCAUAAUUUGCACAAUAUAAAUCAGAAAAAAUGUGUUUAGACUAGUUGGCACUCGUAGAAUAAAGUAUUGUAAAGAUUUUUUUUUUUACUUUCCCCUUAAAUGAACAUAUAGCGAUAGUUUUUUUUUAAAUAACAUGGCACAAUCAUGAGGUAUUAUUUAUCUCUAUGCAAGUGAUACAAACUGUAUUCUGAAAUAUCUCCACCCUGGCCAGAAUUUGCAUGAGAGUACGAAAAAAGCCUUUUAUGUCUGAGUGUGUGUGAAUGUGUGGGUGUGUGUGGGUGUGUGUAUGUGUUUUGACUGCUGUAUUCGUGUGGACAAUGCCCAAAUCUUUCCACGAAAAUUCCAGUCCAGUACGGUUCACCUCAUGCUGAAAAAUAAAUCCUGAUCUGGAUUUUGUUUCCACUUCGGGGGCCUAACAGUGGUGGCUGGUGAUAGUCUCAGCUACCUAAAUGGUGUGACAUCAUCGCAAGGCAGCCAAGCAGAAUUCCAUGUGGUGAUGGUGAAUGUCAUCUUGAAAUUUAAUAGAUCACACAUUGCAAUAUUUCUAGCGCCACCUGAUAGUACCAUUCCACGGCGGUAGAAGUGGUAUUGUGCCAAAAAUCUGGUACCCUUUAACAACUUUUGGCAAGAGGAGCACUCAAAAGACUGAACUGAACUGCGUGGUAGAAAUGGGCAAGCACCCUUCAGUCAAGGUGGUGCACAUUAAAAAAACAAAAAACAACUGAAUAUCUUCUGUGUAGUUUGAAUUAUACUUCUCUUUUGUCAGUUUGUUUUGUGCUUUUAUUUUUUCCACCUCGGUAGAGCUUGUCGGUUUGUUUUCUCGGUGUUUCCAACGUUUUUCUGGAUGGAGUGAAUUUUAACGUGCAAGCAAGUGGGUCCUUCUCGUGUCGUAUGCAAAGUAUUUGUCGGACGAUAUUCUCUCCCUGUUGAACCUGUCGUUUGUGAUUUAAUGCAACUAAUCAUGGUGUGUGAGACAAAGAGUAUUUGUUGAAUCAAGAGAUAAAUAAAUGGAAUAUUUUAUG